GUCGCGUUCAUAUGGGGGCAGGUGCAGGGCUGGUUGUCUCCUGGCAUUGUUGGGCUCCCAGCCUUCCGCAGUUCUCUACUUUUACCCCGCGACCAAAGGUCGUACCGCUCUCCUAUAAGGCUGUCAUGGCCGCGGCGCCCCGCUCGCGAGAAACUCCCGCCCCAACCCCAUCCGCGAUGGCGCUGCCCAGGCGGGGUGUCUGGCUGUCUGGGGAGCGGGGCGGGUGUUCGUGCUGUAACGACAAUUUCCGGGAGGACCAAACUCCUGUGGUCAUUAUUCACGCACAACAUACCGAUAUAGUCGUAUAGUUUGACGCACAAGUCUGCAGCCAUGUCGCUGUUCGGCGAUUUGCCCCCGCCAAAGCAGCGCGCGGCUCCAGUUAAAGCUGAAAACGUCUUGGACAAAGAGUAUAAACCACGUGCAGUUUCACCAGAGGACCUUAGGCAAAGAGACACUGCUUCUCCAGAGGAUGACGACGGCCCGGAUGCAAAACGGCGCAGAGUUGACGCUAAUGAUGUUGCUGAUGGGGCGGGUACAGGCCUUUCCGGCGACCAGGUGUCGGCGGCACUGGUGAAGAUCGGCGGCCACAUCGCCAACCCGGACAAGUUUGUGAAGGCGGCGGGCCUGCUGCGGCAGCUCAUAGAUGGUGGUGCGGCGGGCCGGCAGCACCGAGAGCUGUUGUUUGAGGUGAUCAAGGCGGCCUUCUCCGACCUGGACGCCGCCAGCGACCCCGGCCUGCGCCGCGACUACAUGCGGCUGUGCCACAGCCUGGACAAGCGGCAGGCGGCGGAGCCGGGCCUGUUCAGCCGGCCCCAGCGGGCGCAGCUGGAGGUGUACCGCGUGCUGGGCUUCACGCAGAACGAAAUGCACACAGACGACUCGUUCGUCUUCAACAAGGUUCUGGGUCGCAUCAAGGAGGCGGUGGAGGCGCUGCCGCCCGCGGACGAGGCCGACGAGGAGGCGCAGGCCGAGCUGCAGGCGGGCGACGACAGCGACAGCGAGCCCGGCGCCGAGGAGGAGGAGGCUGGUGGCGGCAGCGGCGGCGGCGGCAACAAGCGGCCGGAGGUGAAGCAGGAGCAGGACCAGGAAGGGGGCGCGGGAGCGGCUGGAAGUGACGAAGUGCCGGCGGCGGUCGGGCCCGAUGCGGCUGCGCCGCAGCUUCCGCAGGAGCCGGAAGCGCGUGAGGAGCCAGGCGCAGGCGCGGGCAGCGAAGAGGACGUGGAGGCAGAUCCCUUUGGGUUGGACUCGCUGCUGCCAGCUCCCAAGAAGAAGCCGGCGCCGGCGCCGCCUCCGCCGCCGCCGCCGCCGGCCGCAGCGCAGGCAGCGGCAGCGGCGGCGCGCGGUGGCCCCGGCGAGGAGGGCGCUGGCGGUGGCAAGGGUCGGUCCAAGGUGUGGAGCGCGGCCCAGUGCCUGGUGAUGCGGCGGCAGGCGUUCGUGGAGUGCCUCAUCACCGCAAAGUCGCUCCACAAGCUGCAGUGGGCUCGCACCAGUGUGGAGCUGCUGGUGGAGCACUUCAACAAGCACCGCGACAGGUUCACGGGGCAGCAGCAGCUGGCCAUUGACGAGAUGGUGCGCUUCGUGCGCGACAGCCGCAAGGCCCGCGCCGCCGGCCCCUCCAGCAAGGAGCUCAAUCGCGACACCACCUCCUUUGAGCGCGCGCGCAGCGAGUGGAGCCGCGCCAAGGUGUCGGCGCGCGGCAAGGUGGGCGCGCAGGGCGACGCCAAGGCCAACAACUGGCUGGGAUGAGGCGAUGGGUUGGGGGCUGGAGAGUGGAGGUGAAGGCUGCGGCAGGUGUAGGGUGGGCUGGCGGAGGCAGGUGGUGUGCGGCCGAGCAGUGAAGCCCGAUUCAGGCAGCGGAUUGGGCCAGACACGAGACACUCGUGGACAACAGCCAGGCAGCGAUGAAGGAAGGCGUGCUGCGGUGCUGGGUUGGGGAUCGAGGUUCGGGGCAGGUGGGCGGAGGGAUGCGUGGUGGGGGCAAGUUGUCUGCAGUACUGCGUUGUCGUCAGUGUGGUAUUGCAGGACAUGCGCCCUGUGUGAAGUGCAUGGCCAUCCAGCUACUGAUGGGUGGCACGGACGGUGUGGCUGCUGGUGCUCAUUGUAACCGCUGUCCAGG